AGCGCGUGCGCGCGCCAACACACCCAUACGCACGCGCACAGGCACACACACACACACACACAUACAGCAGUGACGCUUUGUGGUUAGUUAGAGCUUCGAGUCCUCCCUCCUGCUUUUCACAUGAUCUGUAAGCUUUCACAGAGGAGAGACAGGAAUGUGGAGAGGAGCGACAACAACGAUGGCUGAGCGAAGCCACAGUCCCUCCAAAAUGCGUUUAUUUUACACUGUGGCCAUCUGGGUGACAUUCAUUCACCGUACCGAUGGAAUUCCCUGGACACAAAAAAAACUCCAUCACCGAGCUCUCACUCUAACACAAGAUGAGAUCAGUGCCGCCCUGUCUCACACUGACCUGGAUCAGAUGUGGCUGAGGGACCUGAGGCCGCUGCUGGUUACCAGGUACCCAGGCUCUCCAGGCAGCCAGGCCGUGCAGGAGCAUAUCAAAACAACCCUUGGUUCCCUCGGAGCUGGCUGGGAGGUGACGGAGGAUAAGUUUGCGUCAGAAACACCCUACGGCACCCUGCCCUUCACUAACCUAGUUGCCACCCUCAACUCGUCAGCCAAUCGCCGCCUUGUCCUGGCCUGUCACUACGACUCCAAGUACUACCCACCCCAAUGGCACGGAAGGGAGUUCCUAGGCGCCACUGAUUCUGCUGUUCCAUGUGCCAUGAUGUUGGAGCUGGCACGAGCCCUGGAUGAAGAACUGAAAGCUCAGAAGAGCUCCAAUUCUGACCUGACUCUCCAGUUGCUCUUCUUUGAUGGAGAGGAGGCUCUUUUCCAGUGGACGGGCACAGACUCCCUUUAUGGCUCUCGCCACCUUGCCCAAAAGAUGGAGAGCACCCCACACCCCGCCGGAGUCACGGACACCAACCAACUACACGGCAUAGAUCUGUUUGUGUUGAUGGAUCUGAUCGGGGCUCCUAGCCCACGCUUCUGCAACCAGUUCCCCAGCACAACACACUGGCUCUCCAGGCUGCAGAGCAUUGAAAGGCGUUUACACUCGAUGAACCAGCUUGUGGAUCAUGACAACGUGCAAUAUUUCUGGCCCAAUCAACCUGUUGGCCAUGUACAAGAUGAUCACAUACCAUUCCUAAACAGAGGUGUACGCAUCCUCCACCUUAUCCCCUCCCCCUUCCCGUCCGUUUGGCACACGUUUGAUGACAACGAGCAGAACCUGGAUCGCUCCACUAUUCAGAACCUCAACAAGAUCCUGCAGGUUUUUGUUCUGGAGUAUCUCAACGCCAGACCCGCCCUCCCGGCAAACCCCAAGAAUGCCCCAUAAAAACUCCAUGCAUUCCAAUUUGACAAAUUUCCUUUAAAUGUUUCACCGUAGUAAAGAUCUUCAGCUGUUAUUUUAUAGACUGAAGGAAUACACUGUAUUUAAUGCUGUUUAAACACAUCAACAAUAUGUAUUCAUUGACUUUUUUAAUUGUGAGGUUGAGACUCUAUACUGAAUAUCAGUCAGGUGCCAGCCCCACAAAACAUUUUACAUAACGAAUAUGUUUAAUAUGUUUAAAGAUUCUUGAUGUCAUCUACAUCAACUUUUUUUUAAUUUUGCAACCUCUUUCUUAACAUAUUUGAGCUUUUGUACGUGAAAUGUACUUUGUUCCCAAAUGGGUUCAUAAGAGACUUCAAGAUUCUGAAGCUUCAUCUUGCCUUUAGGUCUUAAGUCCCCAGCACACAGGCUCUUCUGUGUGUUUUUUGCUACACUGCUCUCUUUAUAUCGGCUUCAAACCCUCCUUCACACUGUGAUGAGGGAUCAAUGCUAAUGUCUAGGAUCUGGUGCCUCAAAGAGAAGGAAAAGGCACGGCACAGAGGUUAAAGAAAAUAAUUGUAAGCAGUUUAAAUGCUAUGACACCCUUUAUUUUUCCACCAUCAUUUUCCUGGCAACAUUGAAAUACAUGAAUGCAUUGCAAGUCCAAAGUUGGUGAUCAUUUUAUGAAUUGCUAUGUGGAUAUCCAGAAUCUCUGACCUGUCAUGAGUGAUGAGUAUAUACAAUAUGGCUACCCACAUGACGCUACCAAAAGAACAGAGAAUAAAGCAACACACAUGACAUGUGUUUAAGCUACAGCCCGGUGACAUAUCCUCUCCUACAAAAAUGUGUUCAGAGAAAACCUGUCAGGGGCAGGAAGUGGGUUUAAAUGUAUUCUUUAGCCCUUCAUAUCCUGUCAUCUUAGAUAGUGAAGUGGAUAACUUCCUGUUCUGAUGUUUUGCCUGCCUCCGUUGAAAUCACAUUAGUAUCCCGAUCUUACUGUAGAUCCCAGAAUAAUACACAGUUCCAAAACUGGACUUCUUGUAUUUUGAGGCUGAAAUAAAUGUUGAUUCUAAAUACAAGC